AGACUAAAGUUAUCUGUCUGCCUCAGUUUUCACACAGUGAUCAUGGGGCUGUGGACUCUCUUCGGCUGGGCAACCCUCCUGCUGCUGGCACUGGCUCUGAUCUGCUUCCUCCUGUACUGUGGCUAUAUUCAAUAUAUUCAUAUGAAGUAUGACCACAUCCCAGGACCCCCCAGAGACAGUUUCAUCUUUGGACAAUCACCUACAAUUUUAAAAUUAAUGAAAAACAAGAAGGUGGUCUACGAUCAGUUUUUGGAUUGGGUGCAAAAGUAUGGACCAGUUAUUCGAAUCAAUGCCUUUCACAGAGUGCUUGUGCUUGUUAACAGCCCCGAGGGAGUAAAGGAAUUUCUAAUGUCACCAAAAUAUUCCAAGGAUGAGGUAUAUGAUCAUGUUGCUACUCUAUAUGGAAUGAGGUUCAUGGGAAAGGGUUUAGUGACUGAUAAAGAUCAUGACCAUUGGUACAAGCAGAGGAGGAUGAUGGAUCCUGCUUUCAGCAGAACCUACCUAAUGGACUUAAUGGGUCCCUUCAAUGAAAAAGCUGAGGAACUGAUGGAAAAACUUUCAGAAAAGGCAGAUGGAAAAAAUGAUACUGAAAUGCACAAUCUGUUUAGUAGAGUGACACUGGAUGUAAUAGCUAAGGUUGCAUUUGGAAUGGAACUCAACUCCUUGAAUGAUGAUCUGACCCCCUUGCCACAAGCCAUUUCUUUGGUAAUGAAUGGUAUAGUGGAAACACGGAAUCCUAUGAUAAAGUAUUCUCUGGCAAAGAGAGGAUUCAUCAGAGAAGUGCAGUCGAGCAUAAGGCUUCUUCGUCAGACAGGAAAGGAAUGUAUUGAAAGGAGACAGAAGCAGAUACAGGAUGGAGAGGAAAUUCCAGUGGAUAUACUGACACAUAUACUCAAGGCAGCAGCUUUGGAAGAAGACUGUGACCCAGAGACUUUACUGGACAACUUUGUCACAUUCUUUGUUGCUGGUCAAGAAACCACUGCCAACCAACUAUCAUUUGCAGUUAUGGAAUUGGGAAGGAAUCCAGAGAUUCUACAAAAAGCCCAAGAGGAAAUAGAUGAAGUUAUAGGUUCAAAGAGAUUCAUUGAGCACGAGGACCUUGGCAAGUUGCAUUAUUUAUCCCAGGUCUUGAAGGAAAGUUUGCGCCUAUACCCUACAGCACCAGGCACAUCCCGUGGAGUGAAAGAGGAAAUUGUUAUAGAAGGCGUAAGGAUUCCACCUAAUUCAACCGUAAUGUUUAACUCUUAUAUCAUGGGAAGGAUGGAGCAGUAUUAUACAGAUCCUCUUACCUUCAACCCAGACAGGUUCAGCCCUGAUGCACCAAAGCCUUACUAUACAUAUUUCCCAUUUUCUCUGGGUCCUCGCUCCUGUAUAGGACAAGUGUUUUCACAGAUGGAGGCCAAGAUAGUAAUGGCAAAGCUUCUGCAAAGAUUUGACUUUGAGCUGGCCAAAGGACAAAGCUUCAGGAUUUUUGAUACGGGUUCCCUCCGGCCCAUGGAUGGGGUUAUCUGCAGACUGAGACCUCGAACAAAGCCAUAAAACAACUGCAUUUAAAUAGCUAUUUACAAUGCUAUAUAAUAUAAAAGGGCCUCUAUGCCUUUUCCUCUUUUUUGCCAAAGGAAAUAAUAAGAGCUGAGUUUAUUAUUUAUCUUUACCAUCCAUAAAGGUGCUUCUGACUUCCUUAUCACCUUUUACAGCCUUCUUCUUGUGUUAUAAUACCCUCACUAGAAGAUAGUAGUUGAAACUGUAUGAUACCACGCCACUGAGGGUAGCUUCAAGCAAUGUCUACCAUUAGUAGAAUAUUCCAGGCAUAGUCUAUACAAAGAGAGACAUUCAGCUACGCCAGUACAAGAUCACUUCAGAUGGAAAAUGUUAAGUGUAUAGGGGCCAGCUGAAUUAAAAGGGAUCAAUAAAUAGUGGAAUGUAAUUAAAGGCACAAGUAACCCACAGCAAGCAAUAAGAUGCUUUCUGCAUCCGAUCAGUAUAUGGUACCAGCUUAUUCAUUGCUAUAAGUGACUAGGCCUAUACAAAAAAAGUAAUUUGCUAAAUAACGACUGGGGGUUAUGUAAUAUAAGGAGAUCUGUUUAAAAGCAAACAAGCUAAUGGUCGCUAUGGGUUACUGCUCCUGGGCAAACUUUUUACCUUUUAUUACAUAUGAGGGAACUAUAUUAUAAAGGAAAACUCUACCAAAAACAAUUUAUAUUCUAACAAGUGAGCUGUUAAAGAUUCAGCUUGCCUUAUACGUAUCAAUACAUAUUUCCAUUUUACAUCUACUGUAUAACAUUGAGCUGUUAUUUGGUGUUCUUUGUGUAUGGGUUCUCAUUGUUAAAAAGUAGUUUGGUAGUAAAAGCUUUGCUUAUGUUC